AUGCUGGAAAUGCCAGACUACCAGGCUCACGAUCCUCGCAAAAUUGUUAUUUGGUGCUUGGCUAAUUUGCUUCGUGGUGGAAUGAAUGACAUUGAGCUUGAUAGUGUCGGCCGACUUCUCUCUUCACUUCAUGUGACUCUAUCCCUCUACGAUACAGGCGAAAUUCUCUGUGAUGCUGUUUGGUGUAUUGCAUAUCUCAUCGACCACGCAACAAUUGAAGGAGAAAGAAUCGAUCUCUUGUUUGCUCAACCAGGCCUAGCUGCAAGUAUUGUCAAUCUACUCAAGUCGGAUUCUCUUCGUGCGCUCACUGGUGCUCUUCGCACUGUUGGAAACAUCAUCACCGGAACAGAUGAGCAAACCACUGCAAUUCUUGACCUUGGCGUCCUGGAAGAUUUGAGUGAUCUAGUUAACUCCAACGUCCAUCAAAUUUCGCGAGAAUGCCUUUGGAUCCUCAGCAACAUCGCUGCCGGCACUUCAGAACAUGUCACUCGCCUUUUCUCUGUCGAUGGGAUGGCACAAAGCGUUUUUCAACUUGCCUACGAUCAGAGUCCAAGAAAGCGAAAAGAAGCCUAUUGGGUUGUUGUGAAUGCGAUGAUGGGAGCGCCGCCGUCUCUUUAUGAAUAUUUGAUGAGUGGAGGUCUUGCACAAAUUCUAGUGCAGCUGCUUGAAGAAAAUUUGGACGCGGCACUGCUUGAGCGUACUUUGAACACAACACAGCAUUCACUCCAAGACAGAUCCCGAAAUCGUUUAUACACUAUUGCAUUGUUCCGACGCGUUGGCUUGGUAGAGCAAAUUGCUAAAAUUGCGUUCAACAACUCAACUUUAAAUGAAGUUGAUCCGGCUUCUAAUUUGGCUGCUACAAUUCUGCAACAACAUUUUGGAAUCCAUAUCGGACGGGUGGAAGGGGGCGGAAAUAUUAGAGGAGUUGGGAGAAGGAAUGAAGAAAAUGAGGAAGAUAUUGUAGGCCAAAAUGUUGUAAACCUUCGCUGUGUAUAUGAGGAAUCUGUGGAACUUGCAUCAGCAGCGUCAACAUCGAGAAAUGUAAACCAAAAUUCUUCAGAGGAGCGAAAGUCGAUUUUGGUCAGAAUCAAAAGAAUGGAUGAAACUUGUGAUAAAAAAUAAAAAUACACCCAUUGUACAAAAUGCCUUUUUGUGUGUUGUGUAUAUGUAUUUAUAUAAAUAAAUCUA